GGGUGGGGCAGUGGUGAGAUGACGAGGAAGUCGAAGUGUUUCUGACUGCAGAGCGGAGGGGAAAGCCGGAACAGAAUCUCUGAGAAAAGAGAGAGAUCUGAAGAAGACCCCAAAGAGCAGUGAGAUCAAUAUUCAAACUGAUGCAAAGGAAGUUAUUAUUUGGGGUACUUGCAACAUUGGAAUGUGAUAAAUCCAUCCAGAGCUGCUACGAGGUAGAAAAAAUCUGAGAUCCCCCAAACUGUGUUUACAAUCUUCAAAUAUCUGAGAUCUUGGAGUGUGUGCCUGGACUGGUCUUUGAAAGGCUACAAUGGCGUCUGCUGAUCUGAGAGACGAUCUGAGCUGCUCCAUCUGUCUGAACAUUUAUACAGAUCCGGUAACCCUGAGAUGUGGACACAACUUCUGCCGGGAAUGUAUUGACCGUGUGCUGGACACUCAGGAGGUGUCUGGACUUUAUACCUGUCCGGAGUGCAGAGAGGAGUUCCAGGAGCGACCUGUAUUGUCUAGCGCUAGAGCUCUACGGAACAUAGCGGAGAAGUUCCUAAUUUCUCAGCCCGAUCAGGAAGAUACCGGAAUCUAUUGUACUUACUGUUUAGAUUCUCCUGUACCAGCUAUAAAAUCCUGCCUGAACUGUGAAACUUCUCUAUGUGGCAGACAUUUGAGUGUCCAUGCCAAGUCACCAGAACACGUCUUAUAUGAUCCCACCAACUCCCCGGGGAACAGAAAAUGCUCCAUCCAUAAAAAGAUUGUGGAGUAUUAUUGCACCGAGGAAAGGGUUUGUAUCUGUGUUUACUGUAUUGCCGAGGGAGAACACAAAGGACACCCGGUGGAGAAACUGGAUGAGGCCUCUGAGAAGAAGAAGGAGAAGCUGAGGAAAGAUCUGGAGAUGAUGACCUCAAAGAAAGCAUGGGCUGAGAAAGAAGUCCGGAGUCUGGAGGAACGGAGGACAAACGUACAAAAAAAGGCAGCCGGUGUAACAGAGAGAGUCGCUGUCCUGUUCAGAGAUGUCAGGAGAGAGCUGGAAGAAGUCGAGAAGAGAGUCCUGAGUGAGGUCUCCAUGGAGGAGAAGAAGAUCUUACAAUCUGUGUCCAAUCUAAUCCAACAGCUGGAGAUACAGAAGGAUGAGUUGUCCAGGAAGAUGAGUCACAUUGAGGAAUUGUGUAAAACCUCCGACCCAAUGACUGUCCUGAAGGAUACGAACUCAGACAGAGAGGAGAUCUGUCAUACCGAGCAGGAGGACAAUAUGGAGACAAUGAUUCCGAGUGAAGGUGAUUUUUACGAGGAUUCCAUCACAGAGAGAUUACACAAAUUAUCCGACUUUAUAAAAGAUUUUCCCGUCAGUAUACAGAAACCAGAAGGAGUUUUACUUGAUGAGGAAACGGCCGCUAAUAAUAUAAAGAUUUCAGAGGAUUUGAAAACUGCGUCCAGGUCAGCAGUGACACUGAAUCGUCCAGAAAGUCCCAGAAGAUUUAAGACCUCCCAGGUUCUAAGCAGGAGAAGUUUUUCCUCAGGGCUGCAUUCCUGGGAGGUGGAUACCAGUAAUUCUACUAGCUGGAGAGUCGGGUUGUGUUAUCCCAGUAUGGACAGGAAAUCCCAUAUUGGGGAUAAUAAGUAUUCCUGGUGUUUGCAAAGGGAUAAUCAUGAGUAUAAUAAGAUGCAUGAAAAUAAAUUUAUGCCACUUCUUCAAAAGCCUACCAGCCAUAAAUUUAGAAUUUUGCUGGAUUAUGAGGCCGGGAAGAUCUCCUUUUAUGAGCUGAGCGACUCCAUCAGAGACCUCCACACCUUCACCACCACCUUCACCGAGCCGCUCCAUCUUGGGAUCGCUGUUUGGCAAGGAUCAAUGACAAUUACCAACUAGGAAAAUAUAUUGUGCUGUUUGGUUCAUUCUGUACAAUUGCAGUUUUCUCAGUUCACCCAAAUCUCAUCCGUAUUUGGCAGAUGAUGGAUAGUUUAAAGGGUCACUAAAGGAAACAUUUUUUUUUGCUGAAAUGACUGUUUACAGGGUAUAGAGACAUAGAAGUU